AUGUUCCAAAUGUCAAUCAUAGCAAAUGUUUUGCAGUACUACGACGAUGAAAUUCUCGACACUUUCAAUAACGACGAAAUGCCGUCAUCUGAAGAGGAACUCGAGGAAAAGGUACACUAAUU